AUGAGCGAAGAAGCCAUGAAGGUGGACCAACCCCAGCCACCGAGGACCGAAGCCCUCCAAACCCUAACCAAAGGUCCUCUCUCCUCGUCGAUAUCCAAGCUCUCAGGCUCAUCGCGUGGCAUACCUUCCAACCAAGACUUCUAUUUCUACCGCAACUUCGAAGAAUUCAAGGCCCCGAUCGAACAAAUCACAGAACAGUCGCAGUCAAUGCUCGGCUCCGUUGGCUCUUCGGCGCCUAUUUGGGGCAAAAAGAUGGUUUUCCCCCAAGACUUGGACGACGCAUACGAUUGGCUGGUUAACGUCAACGACGAGGUGCUCGAAAGGUUUGACUCGUCGGUGGACGAGUUCAAGAGGAUCAGGAAAGAGGCAGAGGAGCCCAAGCGGCCGAUGAGUGCGGAUUUUGACUCGGAAAAUGGGUUUCAAUUGGUCUGUGGGAAGAAGAAGAAGGGGCCCAGUGGCUCGGCGAGUGCUAAUGGUGAUUCGACUCAGGUCUCGAGCGUGAAGGUGGCUACCAAGGACAAGAAGACUGUGGGGACGAAGCCCAAGGUACCGUUUCAUAUACCGACAAUUCGGAGGCCUCAGGAGGAGUUCAACAUUUUGGUUAAUAAUUCAAACCAGCCGUUUGAGCAUGUUUGGUUGCAGAGAAGUGAGGACGACCAGCGUUUUCUUCAUCCCCUUGAGAAGCUUUCUGUUCUGGAUUUUGUUGACACUGAUGUUGGGGAUGUUGAGCCUGUAAAACCACCCUCAUUGGAGUCUACACCAUUCAAGCUUGUGGAGGAGGUCAAAGAUCUGAAAGAGCUGGCAGCUAAGCUGCGUGGUGUUAAUGAAUUUGCGGUUGAUUUGGAACACAAUCAAUAUCGAUCCUUUCAAGGAUUGACUUGCUUGAUGCAAAUUUCUACUAGAACUGAAGAUUUUAUAGUAGAUACUUUGAAGCUUAGAAUUCAUGUUGGUCCAUAUCUCAGGGAAGUUUUCAAGGACCCUGCCAAGAGAAAGGUGAUGCAUGGAGCAGAUCGAGAUAUCAUGUGGCUCCAACGUGAUUUUGGCAUUUAUAUCUGCAAUUUGUUUGAUACUGGCCAGGCCUCAAGGGUAUUGAAAAUGGAGAGAAAUAGUUUGGAAUAUCUUCUACAUCAGUUAUGUGGUGUUACUGCUAACAAAGAAUACCAGAAUGCAGAUUGGAGAUUACGCCCACUUCCUGAGGAGAUGGUCAGAUAUGCCAGAGAAGAUACACACUAUCUGUUGCACAUGUAUGAUUUAAUGAGAACAAUGUUAUGUUUGAUGCCAAAGGAAUCAGAAAACUUGGACACUCCUUUAGUAGAGGUUUACAAGCGGAGUUAUGAUAUAUGCAUGCAUCUGUAUGAGAAAGAGCUUUUGACAGAAAAUUCCUAUCUCCAUAUAUAUGGGUUGCAAGGUGCUGGUUUCAAUGCUCAGCAGCUUGCAAUUGUUUCCGGUCUUUGUGAGUGGCGGGAUGUUGUUGCUCGUGCAGAGGAUGAAAGUACUGGCUAUAUAUUACCAAACAAAACUGUUCUUGAAAUUGCUAAACAGAUGCCUGUCACUACUAGCAAGUUAAAGCGAUUGGUGAAAUCAAAGCACCCGUACAUUGAGCGCAAUCUUGCUUCUGUGGUUAGCAUCAUUGGGCAUUCUAUGCAAAAUGCUGCUUUUUUUGAGCCUGCGGUCGAACAUCUGAAAUUGGGACGUGCGGGUAUGGCAACUGAAGAGAAUAUAUUGGCGAAUGAAGGAUCUGAAGCCGUCUUACCUGAUGAGUCCUGCAGCAAUUCAAUUAAUGGUGAUAUAUCUGCAGCUUCACCUGCUUCUCCGCCACAUAAAAUGGAGGAUACUGAACUUGGAUGUGGUGCCUCGGAACUUGUAAGAGGUGGACAAGAAAGCUCUCUUGAGCAUCCUGGUGAAAAUGGGAAAGGAAAGAUUGAAUGCAGUAGCAACACUUCUGUGCUUCCUAGACAGAAUAUUGUUCCGUGGCAAAGCAGAGAAGCAAGCAGCAAUGCCUGUUUAUUAGAUUCAACAAAGGUUACCGGAGUAAGUGUUCAGGUGCAAAAGAAGCCUAGCUGUGCCUUUAGUUCCCUGUUGGGGAGUGGAGUUUCAAAAAGAAAGUUUGAUGCUGAUAGAAAGAACAAGGAAGACAAGUUGGAGCAAAUUAGGUCAUCAAUGAACUUUCCUUUCCACUCAUUUACGGGAAGCAGUGAGCAAUCAAAGCCAAUCAUCAAAGCACCAGCUACAAGUUCCGAAAUUCCCCAUUCUGAAGGGCCUCUCACUGUAUCACCUGACAGGUCUAAUUUAGAUGAUAUCAUAACACUGGAAAAUGAUUCAGAUGUGGGUGAACCAAUAAAUGGUUGCUCAGAAACGAGAAAUGAGAAUGAUUCAGUGGCAUCUGCUUUGGGGAGGGAUGGAGAAGAUGAACCUAUGUCUCUCUCUGAUUUGUCCUCAAGCUUCCAAAAAUGUUUUCAGUCAUGUAAGCAAAACAGGAAACCCAGAGAAGUGGAGAAAUCCCAAGAAUCCGGUGGUUUGCAGGUGAAGCCUUUUGACUAUGAAGCAGCAAAGAGAGGGGUCAUUUUUGGAGCUAAGCCGGUUAAAGAUGCCAGAGCUGGGGAAGGUGUAAGGAGCCUGAAUUUAGGAGGGAAGAAAAAAUCUUUAGGCGGUAUAGUCUCAAAUGAUGAUGGGUCAAAAGAACUAGCACAAGGUAGACGACGACAAGCUUUUCCAGCAAGUGGAAAUAGAAGUGCAACGUUUCGUUAAGUUUCAGGCAUAGAUUUGUUCUGUAUUACACAAGUGACAGAAUGUUUUAAGUUGUCAAAAGAAAUGGAAUGAAAUUGAAAGAAGAAAAAGAAAAUUAUAAGUGUUUU